AACAGUUCGGAGGGUCAGGAUGCGGAGGGCUCAAUGUCACACAGCUUUACCAGCGGACACACGGCCAGGAUCAGCUGUUAAAUCAUAGCAGUCGUUACAUCUGGAUAAUUAGGACAAUCUACAGAGAGGCAAAGAGAUUCUCAAGAGCCCCCCCCCCCCCCCCCCCCUCCUCCUCCUCCUUCCUUGUCAGACACCCACUGCUCCACAAUGUCCACCCAUAUGUGUAGACUGGUGGAGUUGAUGAUGCACUCUGCUUGCUGUCAUACCAUCAGAAGUAGAUCAUGUUUGCGUAAGGCAGUGUUGGUUCCUUUGGGUCCCUCUAGCCUCAGUGUUCCUGGAGCUCCCAUCCUUCACAGGCGGACCUACAGCCUGGACUCUCUCUCCUCAGGCCCUGGUCGGCCCACACUUGGUACAAGCUCCCAGCAGCCCCGUGCAGAGAGGACAUCCCCCUCCUUAGCACUCGCACACAGGAAGCUGUCUGCUGUGGCUGUACAAGGCCAACGGCGUCGUCUGUGCCUUUAUGACUUCCUGGACCUUGGGGAGGUAGAGGAGAAUGUACGCCGUGCUCAGUCCUGUAAAAAACACAGACACAUCAUAGUGGACCCAGAGCUGGCUAAGCUGGUAACAGAGCACCUGGGACCUGACCUCCAGGAUGCUAAAACUGUUAUCUUUGACUGUAACCCAGGUCCUGGUGUGAUGACUAAGACAAUGCUUAAUGCUGGCGCUCAGAGAGUUGUGACUCUUGAGAGUGAUAAGUCAUUUGUACAGGAACUACAGGAGUUGGAAGGUCAUCUUGAUGGUCAGCUGGAAGUGGUUCACUGUGACUACUUUAAACUGGACCCCAUCGGCACUGGAAACCUCAGACCCCCUGUCAUGUUCACUGACAAGCUUUUCACUGACCUGGGAAUAUCAGAAGCUAACUGGACUGAUGAUGUCCCGGUGAAGGUGUUUGGCAUCCUGCCCCAGCGAAAUGAGCGCAGCCUACUGCUGAAGAUGGUUUACGCUUUGUUUGAACGGCUAUCUGUCUACAGAUAUGGAAGAAUAGAGCUCAACUUCUUUAUGAGCGAGAGGGAAUACCAGAAACUGGUGGCGCGUCCAGGUGAAAUGAGGUACUACAGAGCCUUUGGUGUCCUCUGGCAGAUGGCAUGUGAUAUUGAACUACUGCACAAGGAGCCUUGGGAGUCGUUUGUGACCCCUUCAAGACAAAGUGCACCUUCUACAAAAGGCCUUCUUCCCAAUGAUUACCUGUGCCUGGUGCGUCUGCGUCCACGGGCUGAUCUGUUCUCUGCAGGCCUCACACCCUCCAAUGCCUCCACUCUGCUGAUGAUGGUCAAACAGUGUCUGGCAAAGAGGAAGGUCAAGCUGAUUGACAGGCUUAAUCUCUGGUCACCAGAUAGUGGGAGUAAAUUGUUAUCAGAAAUGGAAAUGCCAGAGGACAUCCUGACAGGCCACGUAUAUCCAGAGGAAUAUCUUCGACUGUUCCAGCUGAUGGACAAGAGCCAGGAGUUCACACAGAGCUGGCUUUAUGAAGAGAUCCUGGAGAAUACACAGAGAGAGGGAUGGGGCUAAAGUAUAUAUGUAAGGAAAUGUGCAUAGAUUUAUUUAAUCAAAGACAAAAGAAGUCCAUGCAAACACAUGUAUAAUAUAUUGACUGUAAUAUAAAUAAGAAAUGAAUAUGUCUGGUAUGAAACAAGGACAGAGAAAACACAUACAUAAAGUUACAAAUAUCCAUGAAAACACAAUGUAAUAAGAAAAAUGUUCAUGAAAUGGACGCAGCAGAAUAACUUGACUGUAAAAAUACUUUUGUUACCUCACAUCAUACACUUCUGUUUGGAGUGACUGAAAUGAUGGAAAUGCUUGUGUUGUUACUGUACUUUAAAGAAAUGGAGGAACAGCUUGAGAUGAUCCUCUGUGAUGUCCUUAUCUGGGAUUUCCAUGAAUUGAGAUUUCAGCCAAAGAGUCAGCAGUAAAAGUGGUUCUUUCUGGGCCCGCACUUUUGAUUUGUGAAAAUACUUUUUGUCUGAUUGCCAGCAGAAGAAAAGUUUGCUUGUAAAAUGAAAGGAUUUAAAAGUUGCCUAAUAAAUGUCAUUAUAAUAAUAAUAA